AUGGGCAAGGCAAAACAAUUGACAGAGGCCAUCAAGGUGAAAAUCAUCACUUUUUUAGGCCACACCUCAAUGACCCAGCAAGAGAUUGCAAGAGAAUGUGGUGUAUCCCAGCAGGCAGUGAGUCUCAUUAUCAAGAAGCACCGAGAGACUGGUUCAACAGCAGUUGCACCAAGUUCUGGCCGACCAAGAAAAACAACAAUACGUGAUGAUAAAAUGAUUGCCCGUGAAAUCAAGAAGAAUCCUUUUAUUACAUCACUUGAGAUCAAGGCUGCACUGGCACCAAGACUUGACCACGUUGCUCCAAGAACCAUUCUUUCAAGGCUCUCAGCAGAGCUCAACAUGAGGGCUCGAAAACCAGGCAUGAAGCCGCUGAUUUCAAAAGCAGCUCGACUAAAGCGACUCUCAUGGUGCAGGCAAUAUCAAUCGUGGACUGCUAAUGAGUGGAAGCGCGAUAUUUUCAGUGAUGAGUCCACUUUCACACUCCUCACCAACACCCAUCAACAUGUCAGAUUGCCUCCAGGUGCAUCCCCACUUGAUCUACGGAAGAAGCAAGCACCUCAUGUAUUUGCUACACCAACACCAGUCCAUGCAACUCCAAGGGCAGAACUUAGGAAACGUCUUGCGCAAGCAAGGGAAACCAUAAAGACACUCAAGUUGGAAGCCUUUGAUACAAAGGAGUUUAUUUUUUAUGAGGAGUUAAUGGAAGAGAAUGAACAACUCCAUAAUCAGGUGGCAGAACUCAUGGUGCAAGUGAACUCCUUACAGGGAAAGAAGAACAUUCCCUCAAAGAAUACUUCCCUGGAUUCUGGUGUUAACAGUGGAAAGCCUGAGGAAUGGGAAUCAAUUCAGCAGGAGCUGACAGUACUUCAUGAUGUCCAAGUUGAGGAUAUUGAAGAUGAAGCAGAAGAGAGGAGUCAUUUGCUGAAGGAAGUCAAGGCAGAAUGUGAAUCUCAGAAACUUGCCAUGGAAGGAAUGCUCAUGCAGCUCUCCUCUGAGAGGGAAUUGAGGCACAAGUUGGAAGCGAAGAUCUCAUCUCUACAAGAGGAGCUAACACAAGCUCAAGAGAUGAUGAAGGAAGCACAGGCCAGUAAACCUCCUCUGCUCAUUUUGGAUGCCAGCUCUCAGACAUGGGGAUCAUGUCAAGGGGAAAAUGCUACAGCUAUGUAUACAUCUCAGAAAGUUGAUGUAUUUGUGUCACCUAUCAAGGUUGAUCAUCAGCAGUUCACUCAAGAGGUAGGAAAAUCAUCAGAAGAGAAUCAUCCAUGCAAGAGAACUGGAUUUGAUUCUGAGACUCAGACUGAAGAAGUUGAGGGUCUAGUGCAUAAAGCCCUCAAGACAUUUGAUGUGGCAAUAUCACCCAUCCAAGGCAGUGUCAGGAAUUGGUGUGAAUCCAAAGAGAUUCAAACUCUCAAUGCACUAGGUGUCUUUCAUAUUGAUGCCAUGACACAGACUAUGCAACAACAAAAUAGCAAGACAAUGGAUGAAGAGACUCAAACUGAAGAAAAUGAGGCAGUUGUGGAAAUACAGGCUCUUGAGAAAUUUGAAGAUCAUGAAGCAACAACAUCAAAGUCUCUGCAACAGAAAGACCUAAUUAACCAGGAAACUCAGGUGCCAGAAAAGGAAAUGGUUGAUUGUGAAUCACAAACUUUUGGAAAAUGUGAUAUGAAGUGUGAUUCAGGUACUGAUGCUGAUGGAUUCACUGAAGAGGCAAAGGCAGUCAGUCAUAAUUCCCAGGCUGCACAAAGAGUGGAUGUGGCAUUGUCACCCAUAAGGUUUAAUGAAGAUGUCACUGCUGAGGAUAAUCCAAUAUUUCCUAAUGAAAUUGAACAUACCAAAGUGUCAGUUGAAUCUGCAUCUUUUCUGUCUGCUGCUUCAUCAUCAUCUUUGGAUCUUGAUGAAACUCUUCAGGCAGAUCAAAAUUCUUUGAUAGAGACUAAAAAUGAUGCUAAUCAUGAACAAAUUGCACAUCAAAGCUUUGGAGAAGGUCUGGAGAACAGAGAUGAAAUGAAUUUGAGCCAAAUGCUUUUAAAAUCAGAGGAAUCACAGUUGUCAAUCACAAGCUUGUUCAGACGCUUGGCGAUCAGAAAUGAAUCAGAUGUGUCCUUCACCUUUGACUUAACCCAUGAUGGCCAACGUCUGAACGUUGAAAUAGAAACACUUUUGCAGGAAAUGGAAGAGCAGUCCAUUCUUCUUAAUGACAAGGAAGCUGAAGUGGAACGACUUAAGAAAAACAUUGAAAGUCAGGCACAGGAAGUGGCAUCUUUUAAGAUGAGUUUGCAAAAUGCAAAGGAAGAGGGUGCUUUACGUGAGAUGGAACUGGUGGAACUCAGGUCAAACCAAGAAGCUUUACUGAAGCAAAUGGCAGUGCUGAAGGAAGACCUGAAGCUAAUGCAGGACCUUCAAAAUGCAUAUGAUGAUCUCUGUAAGAAACAUUCAGUUUUGACACAAGGAAAUGGAAGGGAUGUUGAGGGAUCUGCAGAAAAAUGUAGGGUUGAAAUUCAUGCACUAGAGGACAAGUUAUUCCCAAAGGAUGACAUAGGAAACGUGGAAGUUAGUAUAGAAUGCUUUACUCUCAGCAGUCAGGAAGAAACUGGAUCAGAUUCCCAGGAAGAGAUGAUGGCCACCACCAAGAGCUUGGAAGAGAAGCUUGAGGAGAAGAGGAAGCAUGAUGCAACAGUGAUAGCUGCCAUGGAUGAUUUUCAAGAACUCCAAAUUAAAAACACAGAACUUUUGGAAGAACUUCAGCAGAAAACAGAUGUAAAGGAGUACAUGUCAGAGUUUGAGAAGGAAGAUGAACCAUUUGCAGCUGCAUCAGACCUAGAAAGUGGAAUGCAGAAUGUGGCAAAAGAAGACAUCCAUGAUGUCAAAGAAGUAGAAAGUGAUAUGGUUGUACACCUACACCAGGAAUGCACAGAAAAACUCAUAGCAAUGGAGGCUGCACUGAUGGAGUUGCAAACCUCAAAGGGAGAACUGCAGGACCAGCUGUUGAAAAAGGAAAUUGUAAUACAGGAACUGGAGAAUGCCUUGAAUUAUCUCCAAAAGGAAGAUCUCCAAAAAGAUAUGACAGCAAACUCCUAUAAUUUGGAAUCUAUUGCAGGGGGACUCCAGGAAGAACUGGCAUCUCAAGAAGAAAGUAGUGAUGAAAGAGCCACAGCUCUUGAUGUGAAUGUUCUUUGCAAAGGUAGUAUUGUUGGUGAUCUCACAUUGGCUCUUGAAAGUGUGCAAGUUGAAAUGAAGAAGCAAGAGUCACAACUUUGUGGGAUCAUUAUGGCCUUGGAGAGUAAAUUGCAAGAACAGCAUGGAAUUCAUGAAUGUAUAGAAUCUGAGAGGAAUUCUGUUCUUCAAACUGAAUUAAAGGAUCUCCAGACUAUGAGGGAUUCUUUGGAGGAGAAAGUCCAGAUCAGAGAUGAGGAGAUUCAAGCACUGUUGAACAAGAUAAAUUUAAUCCAAGUUGGAAAGCACAACAAGGAGAUGGAUAGUCUCAUUCUGGAAGGGAAGAUGGUACAGCUUCAAGACUCCCAAAACUUAGAUCAAGAGUGGAAGCAGUCCACGGAGAGAAUAGCAGUUCUUGAGUCCCAGUUGCUAGAAAUCCAAAUGCAGAAAGACCUCCUACAGAAGGAAUCCAAUAUGCUAAAUUCUGAAUUGCAAGAGGCCAAAUAUGUUCUGGGAGUUUUUGAGCAAGAGAGGAAGAGACAAGAGGAACUGGUUAAAACCAUUGAGUUCUUAGAAGAAGAAUUGGACACAUGCAGAGAAUCCCUUACAGCUCAAAGCCAGGAGAUGAUGGCUUUGGAAGAAAGGGAGCAACAUCUCAGGGAAAAAGUAGUAGAGUUAGAAAAGGAAAAUAAUCAGCAGUCAGAAGAUCAUAAUGAUAUCUUGAGAGCUCUUCAGCAGAAAGUGGAUGAACUGCAGUCUUCUAAAGACUUCUUGGAGGAGCAUAUAACAAUAAAAGACAAGGAACUACAGGAACUACAGAAUUACCUAGAGCUCCUGAAACAGGAACAAGAAGGGAGAGAAGUAAAGUUUCUCUCCAAGAUGAAAGAGCUUCAAGAGACCCAGGAGGAAUUAGAGAAGCUACACCAGGAGAAGCUCUCAGAGCUUGAAAUGCAUCUAGUUGAAGUGGAAGAAUCAAAGAUAAUUCUGGAGGGCCAAACCAAGGAGAAAGAGACACAAAUACAGGAACUGAGAAGUCAUCUUGAAGAUCUUCAGGAGGUCAGCAGGGAAAGAGAUGAGAUGGCAGUUGCAAUGAAAGACCUAGUAAACAAACUACAGGCUCUAUUGGAGGAACACUUGGCAUGUGGCCAGGAGAAACUAGUGCUGCAGGAGGAAGAACAACAGCUCCAUGUGAAAAUUGCUGAAUUGGAAGGCAAGCUCAUGCAGGUUCAGCAAGAAGGAUUUCUUCCCACAGAUGAAGCUCUACCAGAGAGUCAAGAGAAGCAAGAACUGGUGGCCACCAUUGAGCUGUUGCAAGGAAAAUUGAAGGAACAUGAAGAAACCCACAAUGCUCAAAGCCAGGAGAUGAUGACUUUGGAAGAAAGGGAGCAACAUCUCAAGGAAAAAAUAGUGGAGUUAGAAAAGAAAAAUAAUCAGCAGUCAGAAGAUCACAAUGACAUCUUGAGAGCUCUUCAGCAGAAAGUGGAUGAACUGCAGUCUUCUAAAGACUUCUUGGAGGAGCAUAUAACAAUAAAAGACAAGGAACUGCAGGAACUCCAGAAUGACCUGGAGCUCCUGAAGCUGAAACAAGAAGGGAGAGAAGUAGAGUUUCUCUCCAAGAUGAAAGAGCUUGAGAUGCAUCUUGCUGAAGUGGAAGAAUCAAAGAUAAUUCUGGAGGGCCAAACCAAGGAGAAAGAGACACAAAUACAGGAACUGAGAAGUCAUCUUGAAGAUCUUCAGGAGGUCAGCAGAGAAAGAGAUGAGAUGGCAGUUGCAAUGAAAGACCUAGAAAACAAACUACAGGCUCUAGUGGAGGAACACUUGACAUAUGGCCAGGAGAAACAAGUGCUGCAGAAGGAAGAACAACAGCUCCAUGUGAAAAUUGCUGAAUUGGAAGGCAAGCUCAUGCAGGUUCAGCAAGAAGGAUUUCUUCCCACAGAUGAAGCUCUACCAGAGAGUCAGGAGAAGCAAGAAAUGGUGGCCACCAUUGAGCUGUUGCAAGGAAAAUUGAAAGAACUUGAGGAAACCCACAAUGCUCAAAGCCAGGAGAUGAUGACUUUGGAAGAAAGGGAGCAACAUCUCAAAGAAAAAAUAGUGGAGUUAGAAAAGAAAAAUAAUCAGCAGUCAGAAGAUCACAAUGACAUCUUGAGAGCUCUUCAGCAGAAAGUGGAUGAACUGCAGUCUUCUAAAGAUUUCUUGGAGGAGCAUAUAACAAUAAAAGACAAGGAACUGCAGGAACUCCAGAAUCACCUAGAGCUCCUGAAGCAGGAACAAGAAGGGAGAGAAGUAGAUUUCCUCUUCAAGAUAAAGGAGCUGCAAGAGACCCAGGAGGGGUUAGAGAAGCUACACCAGGAGAAGCUCUCAGAGCUUGAAAUGCAUCUAGUUGAAGUGGAAGAAUCAAAGAUAAUUCUGGAGGGCCAAACCAAAGAGAAAGAGACACAAAUACAGGAACUGAGAAGUUAUCUUAAAGAUCUUCAGGAGGUCAGCAGGGAAAGAGAUGAGAUGGCAGUUGCAAUGAAAGACCUAGAAAACAAACUACAGGCUCUAGUGGAGGAACACUUAGCAUGUGGCCAGGAGAAACAAGUGCUGCAGGAGGAAGAACAACAGCUCCAUGUGAAAAUUGCUGAAUUGGAAGGCAAGCUCUUGCAGGUCCAGCAAGACUGUGAUGAGUACAAGGUUAGCAUGCAGCAUGUUCAAGUUCAAUUUGAUGAGUUUCACACCUGUAGGAAAGAGCUAGAAGCAGACAUUGAGAAAAAAGAAAGUGUGAUACAAGACUUGGAGAAAGACCUCCAAGCUGUGCAAGUUUUACAGAAGAGUGAAGAGUGUCUCAUUUCAACUGUAACAUCCCUUGAGUCUGAAAAUGCACAGCUUCUUGUUGCCAUUGAUCUCCAUCAGAAAAAAAAGGAAGAAUAUGAAGACAAGAUAGUCCAUCUUGAAAAUGAGUUGAAGAAGAUGAUAGAGGAAAGGGAGGAAAAUGAACAGAAGUUUGCCCUGAUUGUAGUUGAGAUGGUGGAGGUGAAGAAAGUAUGGAAUAGUUGUGAAGAGGAGAUUAUCCAUCUUAAAAAAGAGCUAGUAGAGGUGAAAACUUGCAAGGAGCAGUUGGAGGAAGGAAUCAGGAUCCAAGAUGUUCACAGCCUUGAACUUAAGGCCAAGUUUGAAGCAUUGAGUGAGAAACAGAGAAUUGAGAAUGAAGAGCGCAAAACAAAAAUUGAGGAAUUGCUUGAAAACCUAGAGAAACUUAAAGAAGCAUGUCAUUUUCAUGAACAGAGGGCCAUUGCACUUGACCUGCUACUGACUGACCUUAAAGUUCAAAACAGCCAAUUGGAGGAGAAGGUUUCUUCAUUUGAAACUUUGACCUCAGAGCUUUGUGAAAUAGAGACAUUCCUGGUGGAUCUGUGGAACAAGUCAACUAUUCAAGUUCCCAGGAUGAAGAUGCAAUUCCAAGAAGAAAGGCCUGUAGUUGAUCUCUCCAUUCCCCUACGUGAUAGGGUGGCAACUUGGAAACUGGCUAUUCAGUCUCAGGUGGAUGGCAUGCAGAAAGCAUUGACAGAGUACCAAGAUAAGAUUGAGUUUUCAAGGAGGCAACGUGGUGAGGUGGUACAGAAGAAUGAUGCUCUUGACAAGCGACUACGACAUGCUAUCAAAAAGUAUGAUGAAUUACAACUGAAAUAUGAGACUCUGCAGAAGGGCACACAACCAACUCAGGAAGUCCAAGAUACCUUUUCCAUAUGCAAGUGGUGUGAAGAGCUGUUGGCUGAGCUGUGGACACUAGCCAUCAUCCCAAACAGUGAAUUCCGCUACUUUCAGAAAUCAGAACUUCAGGCAGCUGAUGGGAAUUCCCCUGUUGAGAAAAGACUGAAGCAAUUGGGAGAUCAAGUCAAGGAUCAGAUGCGACGUCUGGUGAGGGCAUUCAACAAGAUUGAUAGAGCAAGUCUGGAAGCAGACAAGCGAGAACAGACUUAUGAAGCUGAAAUAUUGAAGCUGAAUGAGCUUUACUCUGAUCUCAAGUCUGAAUCUCAGAAGUGGCAAGUUGAGAUGAGAAAGAAGGAUAGGAGGAUCAAUGAAUUGGUUCAACGGCUGACUGUGCUCACAGAGGGCCCUGAAAAAGAGAAUGAGUGUAUUCAAGUGAUGAUAGUGAUAGAAGAUCUCCUAAAGGACAUGUGGGCAUGUGUGAACCAGCUGAAGCAAGACUAUGAGAGCCAGAGGCUGAAGCUACUGGAAAACUAUCAAAAAUUGGAAAAUGAGGAGAGGACCAAACGUUCUCUUGAGGCUGAGAGGAAAAAGAUGUCAAAGGAGUGUGCUAGGCUCAAGCAAGCAUUGCAAGAAUUUGGGAAACAGGAGUUGGACAGCAGUAUAGUUCAAGGCAGAGAUGAAACUAUCAGGCUUGGUCCAACUUGCUUCCCUUUGGAGCAAGAGAAAGCAACUGUUCUUCAGAAACAGGUGGAGAGCUUGCAAAACGAACUUCAUCGUCUGAAUGAGCGCAUUAGGGAGAAGAAGCACUUAUUGGGUGAUCAGCCUCCAAUUCAAGCAGAGAUUGCCAAGGAGGCAUUUCCUCAAAAUGGGGCGAUCCAGGUACCUGUGAUGCAAUCCCUCAAAUCAACCCUUGGGAACGAUCAUCAAGCUCAGUAAACUCCCUCAGGUGCUGCCAGUCUUCUCUUCCCUCCAACUUCUUCACUUGAAACCAAGGAACACGUGUCCUCAACUUCUUCCCAAC